GGACAUCUCGCCAUGCAUCUCACCCAGCUCAACCGGGAGUGCCUCCUCCACCUUUUCUCCUUCCUGGACAAAGACAGCCGCAGAAGCCUGUCCCGUACCUGCCACCGUCUGCGCCAGGUCUUCCUGGACCCGUGCCUCUGGAACGUGCUCCACUUCAGCUCGCCUUGUCAGCUCCGGAGGGACAACUUCGUGCUCGGCGCGUCGUUGCGUUACUUGGCGGUCUGCUGGCACUCCAGCAGGGUCCUGCAAGUGUGCAACAUUGAGGACUGGCUGAAGACCUCAUUUCAGAAGGACAUCUGUAGCAAACAUGACAAACUGGUCAGCACUUUUCUGACUCAUGUCUGUCACAUGUGCCCCAACCUGCUCUCCCUGACGCUGUCCGGCUGUGGACACAUCACUGACCAGGACGUGAUCUCCGUGCUGCGGUGCUGCAGGAGGCUGCGCCGCCUCCACCUGGAGAACUGCGUCCGCAUCACCGACAGCAGCCUGCAGGCCGUGGCGGCUCACGGACACAGCCUGGAGGUGGUCAGGGUCGACUUCUGCAGGAACAUCACCCAGACGGGGCUCCAGAGCUGCAGGGAGAUGAGGCCUGCUCUCCGGCUGAGCGCAGAGAAAAGUGCCGACAUGAUCCCAGACAGCAAGCCGGAGGAGAGGCUGCCGCUCCGCAGGGCGUUGCAGAAGGUCCUGCAGUUUUCCUGAGGGUCGAGCCUGAUGUCGUGACGCACCGGGACCA